CUCACCAUCUCAAUUUAUCACUUUAGCUUCUUUUUAAUUGAUCCUCUCUAAGUCUAAUUAGCUUCUCUUGUAGUAAAAUUCAAAGAAAAAUGGAGUUGUCACUUGAUCACAAAAAUAGUAUGCUUCUAUUGAUAAUGAUACUAUUGGUUGUACUUGGCUAUGGUCAAGACUAUAUUUGCUCUAGAGCCACCUAUUAUGGUAGCCCUGAUUGCUUAGGAAAUCCAACUGGAGCAUGUGGAUAUGGGGAAUAUGGGAGAACUGUGAAUGAUGGAUAUGUAGCUGGAGUCCACAGGCCAUACAGGAAUGGAACUGGAUGUGGUGGUUGCUAUCAGGUAUGGUGCACCACAGGAGAAUGUACAAAAGAAGGGGUGAUAGUAGUAGCAACAGAUUUUGGGGUUGGUGAUUGGACUGAUUUCCUAUUUCCAGCCAAGGCCUAUACUAAGAUGGCUCGACCUGGUUUUGAAGCCUACCUCCUGUCAUACGGCGUUGUUGAUAUCCAAUAUCGUAGAGUCCCUUGCACCUUUCGUGACUCCAACCUCAUAUUUAGUGUACAUGAGCGCACCAACUACCCUCACUACUUUGCUAUUACUAUCAUCUAUCCUCCUGGUGUCUAUGAUGUUGUUGGUGCUCAAAUUUGGCAGGAAGACUGCAAAGCAUGGAGGGGCAUGAGAAAGCCUUAUGGAGCAGUUUGGGACAUGGAAAAUCCACCAAGGGCUGACCUUCGUGUAAGGUUCCUACUUAGUGCCACUGGCAACGUUAAUGAUGCUACAUGGGUCGAAUCACCCACUAUGAUAACUGCUUUUUGGAACUCAGGAACUACUUAUGAAGUUGCUGUUACACUCUAAUUAUUAUUAUUCUUAGCUCAACUAUGUAUUAUAUUGCAUUGUAUUGUAUGACCUCAUUUUCAUAAUUGUCAUGUGAUUGAAUAAGAUUUAGAUCGUGUACUUGUAUUACAAUUAUGUUGAUUAAUAAAAGUAUUAUUAGUGAUUA